UUACCUAUUUAUUUAUCUUCAUACUUCUCCACCUUUCAAACCCAAUCUCACUCCUUUUCACUUCUCUCUCUUGCCUCUACUCUACUCAUACCCCAAUCGCCAUGGCAGGGUUCUCCCACAACGCAAUCCAGAGUAAGGAUUUGUGCAAUUGGAUGAUGUUCGUUGAUGUGGAUGAAUUCAUUUACUCACCAUCAUGGUUCAAUUUCUCAAAACCAUCUAAAUCAAUGUUACAAUUUCUACUCCCAACAUUCUCACCAUCUGCUAAACCUAAUUAUAUUGGUCAAAUCUCUAUUAGAUGUAACGAAUUCGGUCCAUCUAGCCAACGGUCCCACCCACCAGAGGGUGUGACUCAAGGGUACAUGUGUCGAAGAUUUGUGGAGCAGAGACACAAGUCUAUUGUGCUACUGGAUGCAGUGAAUGCCUCCCUACUCAAUGCAAUUCACCAUUUUAAAAUGAAGGAUCGGUACAAGACUGUGACAAUGAGCCUGAACAGAGCUGUGGUGAACCACUUCAAUUACCAAGCUUGGAGUGAGUUUCAGAACAAGUUUAGGAGAAGGGUUUCGACAUACGUUGUUGAUUGGAAGGAGAAGGCUAAUCUAGCCUCCAAUGAUCGGACACCUGGGUUAGGGUUCGAGGCCGUGGAGCCAAAAGCUUGGGACCAAAAGUUUUGUGAGGUUAAGGAUGAGAGGUUGAAAUUGGUUACUCGAAAAUGGUUUGGAUCUCCAACAUCAGAUGGCUAUAAAUUGGUUUGGCAGACAUGAGAUGAAGAUCCUAAAGCAACUGCAUACCGAGAAGCCAUGGAUGCCCUAUCUUCUUUGAUUACGAAACACAAACGUGCAGAUAAGAGCAAUAACUGCGAUAGAUUCGAACUGAUAUUUGAUUAUAUAAAGGUAAGUUUUGUUUUUUUUUCUUUUUUCUUGACUAAGUGUGAAUUAUUAAUGGAAGUUGAAGUAAUUCAAAUAUUUUUCUUUAGUUUUUGGAUUUAAUAGUUUGAAUUAUGUAUUUGAGCUCAAAUUUGCUCAUGUCUACAUUGUUUGGAUUGAAAUAAUAGAUGCUAGACUUGGAUGAGUAUAUAUCCAAAAUGAAGGUUAUUCUUAUGUACCAACUAACUUCUAACUAAUAUUAUCAGAACCAACACCAACAGCGUAAAAAGCGGCGGUUCCGGUAGGAUUGAAGCUAGCUCCGCCAAGGAGGUCACCGACGAAGGUAAAAACGAUAACGAAAAUGAAAACGAGAGCGGUAGUGAUGAAGAAAGAGGGCCAAACAAUGCCAUUAACACCAAAAGUGGUGGAAAGAACAGCAGUUACAGCACCCAAAGUGGAAGCACAGAAGAUCCACGUAAAGGUUAGGACAGCGUAUCCAAUGGCUGCCUUUAUAGCCCCAACCAUGGUGAAUUGGCGAAAUUGAUGAUGUAUUUUGUUUUUUUUUUCCAAUCUAAGAUAUGGAGCAGAAGAGUAGGUUUGAUUGG